AUGAUGCAAGGCAAAGCAACAGGUUAUCAACACAAAGAUAAACUCAUGUUAGAUGAAGACAAGUUUAGAAACCUGUCCAUGCUUGAGAGAUCAACCAUAAGGAAGGUUGCUUCUAAGAUGGAAGUAAGCAAGACAACAAUUGAUAGAUUUCUUAAGAGUAAUCAGUUGAAACCUCACACAAGUUCUAUCAAGCCUACACUUACUGAAACCAACAAAAUUGCAAGGAUGAAAUGGUGUCUUUCUCAUAUUCAGCUAACACUAGCUGAAGGUAAACUUCUUUACCAUUCAAUGCACAACAUUGUUCAUAUUGACGAGAAAUGGUUCUACAUGACAAAGACAUCAGAUAGAUACUACCUUUUGCCGGAUGAAGAUGUGCCAUACAGGUCUUGUAAGUCCAAGAGAUUCAUCACUAAAGUGAUGUUCAUGGCUGCUGUCAGUAGGCCACUUUGUAGGCCUGAUGGAGAAAUCAUAUUCGAUGGUAAAAUAGGCUUAUUUCCAUUCACAGAACAAAUACCAGCCCAAAGAAGUUCAAAGAACUGGCCAAAAGGGACACUUGAGACAAAGCCUAUUCAAUCAAUUACCAAGGAAGUCAUGACAGCUUGUCUCCUAAACCAGAUUAUACCAACAAUCAAGGCCAAAUGGCCAGCCAAUGCAAGCAAGAAGAUUUUCACACAGCAAGAUAAUAACAAACCUCACCUUAGAGCUGCUAAUCAACAGUUUGAGUCACUUGCUAGUACUGAUGGGGCAAUACAGUCACUUCAAGAUGACAAGAUGGCCACAAGUGUAGAUGACUUGCUUAGGAAUGUGUUUACCUCAUUUGAAGAACUCUCACCACAGACUCUGAAUAGAGUCAUCAUAUUGCAAAGCUGUUUGACAGCAAUAUUACAAGUUGAAGAGGGUUUGGUGAGAGAGAGCUUGAAGUAUCUAAAGCUGCCUGAAAACAACACUGGGGACACAUAUGACAUAGGGCGGCUUAACCAUGCUUUAGGGUACUAG